GAGGAAGAAGAAUUUCGCCGCAUAUGCGUGAAUGGUUAGCCGACAUAUAAAAAUAAAACAUGGCUGAAAGAAGAGGUGGUUUUGAUCAACCUAGAAAUUAUGGUAGCAAGCAGCUACCCACUGAACCCCCAUACACCGCAUAUGUGGGCAAUUUACCCCAACGUCUGGUACAAGGCGAUGUUGUACGAAUUUUCCAAUGUCAAGGUUUCAAUGUGAAAAAUGUUCGUUUGGUCAAUGAUCGCGUUACAGAUGUCUUCAAGGGUUUUUGCUAUGUGGAAUUUGAAACAUUGGAAACACUGGAAGAAGUUUUACGUCUCGAUGGGCUAAUCAAUGUCGAUGAUAAUGGAGCGCCGUUGCGUAUUGAUAUUGCCGAGCGUAGGAAAAAUGAUCGUGCCGGUGGCUUCCAAAAACGUGGUCCACCACGACAAGAAGGUGGUGGUGGCGGCGGUGGUCGCCAUCAAAACUUUUCCCGCGGCGGCGGUGGUGGUGGAGGUAAUAGAGGUGGUGAUCGCGGCCACGAUCGUGGCGGUGAUCGCGACAAUAGAGGUUCGUACAAUGAUAAUCACGGUGGUCACAAUGAUAGAAAUCGUGGAGGCGGCGGUGGUAUGAAUAGAGGAUAUUCCGACCGUCCUGCAGCCCGUGGCCGUUAUGGUAAUUUCAAUAACGACGAUCGCUACAAUGAUCGCAAUCAGGAUCGUAAUCAUCGUGAGGGCAGUUUUGGUGGCCAGAGUCGAGAUGGCGGCAACGAUCGUUAUAAUAAUUUCAGUAGGAAUCGUGGCGGCGAUCGGGAACAACGUGGUGGUCAUUUCAAUCAAAAUGAUCGCCCACCAUCUGCUGUUGCACCCCUUGGUAGUAUAGAUGACAGUGAGAGACCCCGACUUCAAUUGAAACCCCGUACCGUAAAUGCACCCAUCAAUGGGCUUGCGGAGACAAAGCAGUCAGCUGCUAUAUUUGGUAAUGCCAAACCACGCGAAGAAAAACUCCAAGAAGAAGCCAGAGAGCAGAAUGAAGACAAUUAAA